AUGCCUCUAAGGAAUAGUCUUGAUAAUGGUAAUCCAAAAAAUCAAAAAACUCGACGUUAUGAACCAAGCUUCUCACAACAACGCCUACAGACUAGCAAUGGUGAAGAAAAGUCUCAGGGCCGUGGUCUGAAAACCGAACUACAUUCAGCAUUAAAGUCUUCGAAUUUGAACUUGAUUCGAAAAAAUUAUCAAACCGGUGAUAAUCCGUAUCUCAGUGACAUACAGGGCCCAAGUCCAUCGAAUAAGCUUAACAGGCGUUACGAAAGAGGCCUGAAGUUUUAUAAAAAGGGAGAAAUUAGCAAAAGAAUUGCCCAAGAAAGAGAAUUGCGAAAGUUCCAGGAGGAUGAAGAUUCCAAAAGAAGAUUAAAACUGGAAGAAGAGGAGAGAGAGAGAGAGAAAUUAGUUGAAUCGGGUCAUUUACCUGACCUGAAAUUACAUGAAGAUACGUACAUACUAGAUUUGCCGAAAUUCGAAACCUAUUACAACGCUAACCAUGGUCAUGAGUGGUGGGAUACGGUUUAUUUAGAUGAGAAGGGUGAAGUGAUGGAAAAAUAUAGGAUGAAGGGCACAUCGCCCGCCGAAGAAGACGGCAAAUACGAUAAUGAUGAUGACGACGAUGAUGACGAUGAUAAACAUCCAUCUAUAAGAUAUGUAGCUCAUCCUAUACCUGAAAAGAUCAAUUACGCAAAGGUAUCAGUUAAGACAUACCUGACACAGCGAGAAAGGAAGAAAAUAAGAAGAAAUAGACGUAAAAUGUUUAGGGAAGCACAAGAAGUGAAGAUUAAAUUGGGACUACUACCGAAGCCUGAACCAAAGGUCAAACUAAGUAAUAUGAUGAGUGUGUACGAAAAUGACCAGAACAUAGCAGAUCCAACUGCCUGGGAAAAAACUGUCAAAGACCAAGUAGAUUUGAGAAAAAGGAAACACAUGGAAGAAAACGAAAGAAGGCACGAAGAAGCCGUCAAAAGAAGGAAAGAAAUUUCUAAUCUAAGUAUCGAAAAGCCGUCAGCAUACUAUUGUAAAGUAUUCCAAUUUAAGAACUUACAGAACCCGAAAAUAAGAUUUAAGUUGAAGAUGAAUAGCAAGGAACUGUCAUUGAAGGGAUUAUGUCUUCGCAUACGUGACGAUGGGCCAGGAAUUAUUAUAGUUGUGGGUGACGAAAAAUCAUGCAGAUUUUAUGAAAAUUUGGUGAUGAGAAGGAUAAAAUGGAAUGAAGAUUUCAACCUACAUAUAAAUAAUGAGGAUGUGAAAAUGAAUAUGCAUAAUAACUCGGUUGUUAAAACAUGGGAAGGCUUUUUAAGAGAUUGUAAGUUCAAAGGUUGGUUUAUGAAAGUUUGCAAUGACCAAGAAUCUUUAUUGCGUACACUGGGUCAAUUCGAUUCAGAAGGCUUUUACUCGCCCGUCCUGACGUGA